AAUAAAGCAAAUAAGAAAGGGAGGGAACACUAUUUUUUUCGUUGGCCAUUUUUUUGUUACUUAAAAUCUUAAUAAUUUCGUACGGCAAAAUUUAUUAAGACCUGAUACUUCGAAGAAGCAAUCGCAGUUAAUAAAGUCAAAGAAAACUCACCGGGAAUCUUCCUCUUUGUUGAUCUAACCACGGCGGAGUCUUUUGUUUCUGCCAAUUCUCGAAGAGUUGUCCACGCACACCAACUGUUUGAUAUUUUUGUCGCAUGAAAUUUUGUCCCAUCAAGUUUUGACUGCACACCAACUGUUUGAUUUUUUUUCCCUUUAAAUUUACAUUCUUGCUCAGUUUUUUGUAGCUUGUUAUAUGUACUUAAGCCAGUUCUACAAAACAAACAACACAUUUAAUUAUUUAUCUCUGCAUUUUCGCCGUUUCUUAGGAACCCAAUAUGUGAAUAAGGUAGCCGUGUACUUCCAAAGAGCGAGACUUAUCGAUUCAAUAAGACUCGCUCUUCGGUCUAAUUCUUCUGAUAAUCUUAUUACCAAUCUCCAGAAUCCUUCUUUGGACUCUUUUGUAGUAACCAAGUCACUUCAAUCAGCUCCCUCUCCCAAUUCAGCUCUCCAUUUGAUUGAAUGUCUCAAAAAAAUUCCCCAUUUCUUGCAUACCCAUAACACGCUUUAUGCAUUAGCCAAGAUUCUUGCUAAGGCGCGGGAAACUGCUAAACUCAAUGCCCUUAUUAAUGCCAUUAACUCGGGGAAGUUUGUUAACGCUGCACGUGUUAGUUACAUGGAUCAAAUGCGAUGGUAUGCAAUUAGUAGAGAGUUUGAUGAGGUUGUCCGUGUGUGGGACGAGUGGAGGACAACCCUUAAAAAACAUCCAUGUACUGAGUCUUACAAUAUUGUAAUGGGAUUAUGUGUUCAGGAGGGUAAGGACAGUGAUGCUGUGAGGGUAUUCCAUAGGAUGAUUGAAGAAGGGGCACUUCCGAAUUGUAGGACAUACACUAUUAUAAUUGAGCAUCUUGUUAGAACUAGAAAGUUGGAUUCAGCUAUUGAGCUUUACCAUAUGUUGCCUCAUGUUAGGAUCAAACGUACAUUAAAACAGUAUUCUGUCCUAGUGGAAGCAUUCACUAUUUCGAAUCAGUUGGAUGUUGUCAAAGUUUUGCUUGAUCAGAUGAGGAGUGACGGAAUAUUGCCUGUUCGAGCUAUGCUAUGGUCAUUGCAGCAGAUGCAGAAUGCUGGUUAUGAUGUGGAGACAAAUGAAUUAUUAAGGGACAUGUUACCGGAUGGGAGGAUUAAGAAGAUUGGUUACUCUAUGGACAGUAGUGAAGACGACAGUGAUGAUGAAGAUGAAGAGAUUGAUUGUAACCACACUGAUGCUGUGGAUCAACCUCAUCUGAAACCAUGGUUAGAUCCAGCUUCUUUAGCUAAUGCUUUGCAGAGCUGGGGUGCUGAGGAGGUGUCAGCUCUGGAGGAUGCAAAAUUAGUUUGGACAACUAGGUUGGUGUGCAAGAUGAUCAGGAGCUUCAAGUCAGCAGAAACAGCUUGGCAGUUCUUCUGCUGGGUUGCUUGUCAGCCAGGAUUCACUCAUGAUAUAUACACAGUUUCAAGAAUGAUCACCAGAUUAGCUCGCCAUGGAUGUGUAGACUUGGUUGAUCAACUUUUGUCUAAGGUUGAAAGAGAGGGCAUUCAAUUGUCAUUCAGCACGAUCCGGUUAAUUAUUGAUUUUUAUGGUAUUUCUCGUAAUGGUGAUCCCGCCCUAAGGGUUUUCAAAAGUAUUAAAAUGAUUUGUGGUCCAAUAUCUAAAAGCAGUCAGUUGCUUCUGUACUCAUCUGUUCUAAGGACUUUGGUAAAAAGUAAUAUGAAUUCGGAUGCCUUACAUAUUCUCGAAGAAAUGAGUUUACUAGGAAUUGUUCCAGAUUUGCAAACAUAUUCUGGACUAAUGAACCAUUUUGCUCUUCAUGGAGAUAUAAAAACUGUACAGAGGCUUUUCGGAAUGGUCAGGCAGAGCGGUAUAGAGCCUGAUGCUUAUAUGUAUAAAGUUCUCAUUCAUGCUUAUUGUAAAUGUGGAAGAGCUGCUCUUGCACUCAGGGUUUUUGAAGACAUGAGGAACUUUGGGUUGUUGCCUGAUGCUAACACUAAACAAUUGCUCGUCAAGAGUCUCUGGAAGGAAGGCAAGCUCCGAGAAGCUGCUUCUGUAGAAGAGAAAACUGAGGAAAUAAGUGAUGCUCUUCCCAUUGCUUUACCUGGACAUAUGUUCACAGUGAGCUCUAUUGAUCUUUCAAGAGUCUAUAGCAUUUAUUCCAAUGGUUUCCAAUCAACUUGUAGUUGAACGACUAUGUCAUUGAUUGGGAUGUAGAGCUAAAAUGCCUUUUCACCGCAAAUUAGCAAAUGGCUUCCUCUAUAUUUCAGGUCAACAUCAUGAAGUCAACUCUCAUCAAGGAGGUCUGACGACAUGUCCGUAGCAUUUUGAUUAUGUUGAUAGGAAAUGGAAGUGUUGAUCUUUGUAACAUUGUUGCUAAAAAUUGCAAUGGUCAACUCGACUUUUACUUGGCAUCCGAGUAAAUGUCCUAGUUGUCAACAAUGUAGCUGUUUUACUAAUAUAAGAUGGUGAUAUUGCAAGUUCACUCA